CUGGCCGGCCGCCGAGCACAGCAGAACACAGACAGGUACAGGACGAGCAGCACUGAGAUGGCACUACACUACAUGACACCGAUACUAAUUCUUGCGGCUGCUCUGGUGGCACUCCCGACCGCCCUGGCAAAGUGAAGGCGAAAGAAACUCCACCCGUACACUAGGAAAAUUCAAGGCACAUAAUGAGACUCCAACGAGGGAUCGCGCCACACCAGAACCUGAUUAGAGGAUUGGAAACUCUGAGUACCGACAACUGGGGUAGCAGCAGGCGGGGUGGAGACGAACAAAGUAAAAAAAAGGAGGAAUACAAAGCAAGGCAAAAAAGGGAGUCGGUCAGGUUUACGGAGAUGCCCAUGUAAAGAGGCUGCGACCGGUGAACACACGCACUCCCUGGCCGGCCGCCGAGCACAGCAGAACACAGACAGGUACAGGACGAGCAGCACUGAGAUGGCACUACACUACAUGACACCGAUGCUAAUUCUUGCGGCUGCUCUGGUGGCACUCCCGACCGCCCUGGCAAAGUCCUGUCAGACGCCCUUCGUGCCCCUCAACAACCAGUGGUGCGUUCACGCCCUCAUCACGGAGUCGGGUCCCGAGUGGCCGUCAGCGCGGGAGGAGUGCAAGAAGCUCGGUGGGGACUUGAUGGUGGUGGACACUCACGAGAAGAUGCAAGCUCUGACCGCUCACAUCGCCGCUAAGUACCCUGGAGCGGCGUCGUCGUAUCCUUACUGGGUCGGGGGCAGCAACGAGGCCGGCCAGUGGCAGUGGGUCAACGGUUCCCCGAUGAGUCUCGCUUCCAACCUUUGGUACCCCGGCAGUCCUGACGGCGGACCCCCAGACUACAAGUACACCUUGCUGAUUUUCACCAGCCCGUGGAAUAGGCGGUACCUGGGGUCUGUGUCCCCCACCGAUAAAGCUCCCGCCUACGUGUGCGAGCAGUGACGAGACGGAGGAGGGGAAGAGAUGCCGCGGCUACGAAUGCCAACACCGUAGAGAGAAGAGGGAGAGGGUAGAGAGAGAAGGUGGAGAAGGGAGAGGAGGGAGAAGGUGGAGGGAGGGGAAUAGGAGGGAGGGGUGGAAAAGAGAAAAGGAGGGAGAGGGUAGAGGGAGAAGAGGAGGGAGAAGGUGGAAAAGGGAGAGGAGAGAGAAGGAGGAGGGAGGAGAAUAGGAGGGAGGGGUGGAAAAGAGAAAAGGAGGGAGAGGGUGAAGAAAGAAGAGGGAGACGAUUGAAAAGGGAGGUUAAGAAAAGGGAGAGGGUGGAGGAGGGGGGAAAAAGAAGAGGGAGAGGGUGGAGAAGGGAGGAGAAGAGGAAGAUGAUGAAGGGAUGACGUUGAGGUUACAUCUAUGACUACUAGAGGGAAGAAGAAGGGAAGAUAAGCUGCUCAGAGGUAAGCUAUGAAGGGAAGGGAUGAAAGAGAUAAAAGAGACUGGCAAGAUAGGGAUGAGACACGCUACGAAGACACACUACAAAGGUUCAACACUAAUACAAUGGAAUGCGUUUUGAGCUAAGACAGAAUUCAAGGAAAAAAAUGUUCAAAAGACCCGAAAAUUACAACCAUGAUUCUCUGAUGCAAUAAAACCUUUUGGCAUUAAGACCA